AUGGACGUCCUUGAUGACUCGCUGGGGCUUCUCACAUCUUCACUCACACCUGUGCUGUCCCUUGUGCUGCCGUGGCACCAUGAGGCACCCUUGACUAGCGAGUUGCCAGGAGGCGGUGGAAUGUCGCUUCCCAAGGGUGUGACAACUAGUGAGGCUGCCAUUGUCUCGAUCCUAGUGAUUGCUCUCAUAUCUGGGGCCUCUAUACUCUUCGGAGCAUAUCUGGCUCGCCUGAACACACCUACUGGCAAAAUCAUGAAGCUAGCGGCGGGGGAGGCGAAAAUCCUGAUUCCGGCGACCUUCUGCCUCUACCUGAAUAGUGGCUUGUUCAUUCUUCUGCCAUACUUUGGCGGGCAAUUCGUGCAAAUGGUUGGAAGCGACAAGGGUGUCAGCGGCAGCGCCCUGAACGAGAUCACGGAGAAGAUUGUUGUCGUGGCUAUUGCAUCUUCUCUCACUUCGAUGAUUCGAGGCAUGCUGUACGUCCUGGCCGGUGAACGCAUUGUCCGCGAACUCCGCAAGGAGGUUUUCCAGGCCUUGCUAAGGCAAGAGGUCGCUUACUUCGAUGUGCAGACCACCGGAGCCUUGGUCUCCAGGCUCACCAACGACACACAGACAUUGCAGAAUGCGGUGACCUGGUCGACCUGGGUGGACUGUACUCAAUUCUUUCUCCGAGUGCAGGGAUAA